AUGGCUCCCAGCGACGACUCCAGAUAUUGCCCAUUUCUUGUUGAUGAUGUUGACCUUCUUCAGAACUUUCUCUCACAAAAAGGUGCUAAUUCCUCUGAAAAAAUCGAAAAAUUGUCACUUUCAAUAAAUGUUGGCCCCAACGAUGCAGAUUUAUAUUUGGAUUUGGAACUCUCUAACAUUCCUUUAAUGCAUGUGUUAGCCUUUAUGAAUUGUAUUGAUUGUAUUACAUAUUUGCACCGAGAAUACCAUGUGGAUCUAUUGCAGCACACAAGCAAUUCAUAUUCUACACUCCACUAUGCAAUUCACGGACAUGCAGAGUUAGUUAUUGCAUACAUCUUAAGAUUCGCACCUCAUGACAAAAUUAUUAGGAUUAUUAAGGAUGAGAAACAAAGACAAUUUAAGUUAGUUUAUUUGGGCAUCUCCAGUAACUGUUCCUAUGGCUUACAACGCUUAUUAGAAUUUGAUUACGUUCACAACGCCGAACUUUCCACUUUUAUGAAUGAAAUCGAUUGGGCUACAAAAAGAAACUCAUAUGAAUGCUUAGAAUUUAUUUUCAAUUACUUCGUUGUCAAAUUCAACGGAGAUUCUCCAUUACGCAACGCCAUUGCCAGACAAUACCCCAAACUCGUCAAGAUACUUCUCAGAUCAAAUCCAACAAGCGCCAGGCCACAAGAUAUCGUCAACGGACAAACAAUUCUCGAUUUGGCCUGUGGCUCCAAAGGAACGGACCCAGAUGCCACGAUUGAUAUUAUUAAUACAGUCCUUGAUUACUACAACGUAAGACAAGAUGAAACUGCCAUUUUCGCUGCAUUACAAUCCGGAAAUCUCCAAAUUGUCAACAGAGUCAUUAAGAUGGGCUGUAAAAUCAGUAAUGUCCUUAAGGAUGGAAGGAAUCCUGCCGGAAAACUUUGUUUCCUUGAUGAAGACGAGGCAAUUCAAAUUCUCAAAGUUAUGAUUGAUAAAGGACUCGAUAUAAAUUAUACAGGUCCGAGCAGGAACACUGCUUUCGGUGAUUUGCUCACUUGUCUUAAGAAACCAUUCCAUUUGCUUGAUUAUAUGCUCGAAAUCGGCGCAGACAUGACCAAACCAUAUUAUAGGAAUCUCAGUGCAACUGAAUCUAAUGAAUCAAUUGCUGCUUUCGUUAAAAAUAAUCAGAGCAAAGAAUUUCAGGCAUUAGUACGAAAUCAUCCGAAAAGCUUCGAAAGGAUUAAGUAA